CCCCCCCCCCCCCCCCCCCCCCCCCCCCCCCCCCCCCCCCCCCCCCCCCCCCCCCCCCCCCCCCCCCCCCCCCCCCCCCCCUUAAAGAACAAAAAUCUGAUAAAUUCUUGAAGGAGACAGUUACAUGAUUCCUGAAAGAAUCAGUCAGAUUUUUUUUCUUUGCAAGAUCUUGAAACGAAAAAUCAUAGAAAAAGAAUUCUUCAAGAAUUUAUAAGAUAUAAGAAUCCUUAAAGAAUAAUUUCAAGAACAUCGACUAGUGAAUACUUUGUUUUGUUCUGCUUUAAUUUCUCCUCACUUGCAUGUCGAAUAACUGCUGUAAAUUUAGAAACAUUUUGUGAGGCUUGUGUAAAUAUUAGAGUAUUCGAACUUCGAUACGCAUAUAUCUAUGCGUAUCUCUAUGAAUAUUUGCUUCACAUUUUCUUUCUCUACAGAAAGCAAGGAAAGUUAUGUUCUCGCAUUUUGUUCUUCUACUGAAGAAAUGACGGAACAGAAAGACAAUGAGAAAGUAUAUAGUCUGCUGUAUAAAUGAAAAUGGAUGGUAAAGUAGUCUAUAAGUGUGAAGAUAUUUGGACUUGAUGAACUCGAACAGAUCAAUAUCAAUUAGAAACUGUUUGAAUUAAGUACGAUUCAUCUUAUUAUUCCUAAGAUAAAAGUUCUUUUUCGUUCCAUGGUUUCAUUUUAAUCAACCAAUAUUCUUCUUUUUAAAAAUAUUUAUGCAGUAUGCCGUCAAUCAUUAUUCAGUGUGUCGGUGAUUGGUCACCGAUGUUGAUCGAGGAGAAAAAUAGUUUUGAUCCAAAAUAAGGACGAAUGCCAGGUGGAAGCGUUGUUGAAGUAGAUGGCACAGCUGUUGGAUCAACAUAGAGGACGCUAUUGAAAUCGAUUUGGUUGUACCAGCAAAUUGCAGAAGAAAUCAACGGUAUAUUAGUUUUCAACACUUUACGUUUAAGAUAACGUUGUCGUAUAUGCUUUAAUCUUUCAAAACUACUGUACAUUUCGAAAUAGAAAAGCCUUGGAUGUAUUUUUUGAUUUUUCGUCAAAAUAGUUAAAAAACGAUUAGCUAUCUUACCUAAUGUAGGUUUUCACAAAGUUUUGGAAUACUUUUCUGAAAACAAACACUACCACGAGGCUCGAGGAGGGUUAUAUUUCCUUUGCUCCCAAGGUUCUCAGAUACCAUUUCACAGCAACCACUCCCGUUUCGAAGUAGACACUUUGCGUCAUCUAUCCUAGUCGACUUUCCCUAUAAAAACCCCUGGGAAGUCACGACAUACGAUGGACUCCUCAGGUUUUUAUAGGGAAAGUCGACCAGGGUAUCCAUAUGAAAAAAGAGAUAUUGCUAUUCCAGACUUCUUGAUAUGUCUUAGGCUGUGAUUUGUCCAUAAUCUAUUGUAAAUAUUUAUUCGAUCUCUUGCUCACGUAUAAUCUUGAUCAUAUAAACCAGUAAUAAUUUCUAUUUCGAGAGGUAAAAUUUUCAAAUAUGUAGGCUUUGUUUUUGAUAUCAAAGAUAUGAUUUAGUGAAUGUUCAGAAAUGAUUAAUUUAUUUUUGUUUCUAGACCAGCCGUCAAAUGACAUAUAUGGCUAUAGUAAUGAUGUUGAAACAGAAACAUUUUUAAAUUAUACAUAUAUUGCACGUCAGAUAUGUCUCCUUGUCAAACAAACUUCUGCUUUUUAACUAGUUCGUUAAUUCAUUUUAACCAGUAUGUCAAGCAAUUAAUAGUCAUAGUGAAAUAGAUUUAAUUGUUGAUGCAACGAGAAAGAUAAACAAGUACGUACAUAUUUGUUAACUGUAGAUAUUUGUACACUGGUUAUGAUCUAUUUUUCAGAUUAUCGACUCAUCUUGUUGUGCAAUGUAGAGAACAUUUUCGUUCAACAAUUAUUUAUGUUAUAUUAGAUUAUGUAUCGAUGUUAUCAAAAUUUCAUUUACAACAACCGGUCAAAGCAAAAUAUGAUCAAAACAAGCCGGUACCGAUUGGUAAAUCGGUCAACGGUAUACCGGCCGGUGCCGGUACGAGGCCAGAAUCAGGGUUGAGUUGUCGCAUAACAAAAAAACCAGUUAAAUGA